GGGGGUGGCCCAAAAUGUGGGGGGUACAGACCCCAUUUAGCCUUAACCUGUCCCAGAAAUUGGGUCAGAAAGCAGCCCCAGAGCCCUGCUCAGUGCCUCGGCCUCAGAUGGGGGUCUGCAGGGAUCGGGAGGGGUCUUGACCCUUUGGCAGCUUCCCCCCCCCCCACAAGAGGUGUGCCCUGCGUGUGCUCCCGCACCUCCUGCAGUGAGCGCCUGCACCCACGGGACUAUGCAGCGUGCCCCGACCCUCCAGCAGGCUAGUUUUGGGGUAGCAGGGGGAGGGCUGUGGGUCAGGAUUGAGGGGCAUCGGCACAGCUCGGCGAGGCCUGGCAUAGCAGGGGGCUGAGGGGCACCAGCGGAUGGGGUGGGGGUGCUUGGCUGUUUUCAGUCCCCUUCUGAUCCCCUGAGAUCUCCCGUGAGCGGAGAACGUGUGCCCAGGGUGGCUAAACCCCACGCCGAGCCCAUCCCUGAGGCUGACCCUUGGCUCAGGCCAGCCCCCCUCGCUCGCCCGCCCCUUGCACUGGGCUAAAUAUACCCUGGCAGGUUGCGAAUGUUGCACUGUUGGUGAAACCUGAGCCCCGGCAGCCCAGCAGAGCCACCCCCGCUGCCCACUUGCGCCCAGGCGCAGCCAGCAUGGAGACGCCCAGCAAAGAGCACCGGCCCGUCUUGGGCUCUGCGGAUUCCUACACCAGCCGCCCCUCGGAUUCAGAUGUGUCCCUGGAGGAGGAUCGCGAGGCACUGCGCAAGGAGGCCGAGCGCCAGGCCCUGGCGCAGCUGGAGAAGGCCAAGACCAAGCCGGUGGCAUUUGCCGUGAGGACAAACGUGGGCUACAACCCGUCCCCCAAUGAUGACGUGCCGGUCCAGGGCAUGGCCAUCUCCUUCGAACCCAAGGACUUCCUGCAUAUCAAAGAGAAAUACAACAACGACUGGUGGAUCGGGCGCCUGGUGAAGGAGGGCUGCGAGGUGGGGUUCAUCCCCAGCCCCGUCAAGCUGGAGAACAUGAGGAUGCUGCAGGAGCAGAAGAUGAGGCAAAACCGCCUGAGCUCAAGCAAAUCCGGGGACAACUCCAGCUCCAGCCUGGGAGAUGUGGUGACGGGGACCCGCAGACCCACCCCACCUGCCAGUGCCAAGCAGAAGCAGAAAUCGGCGGAGCAUGUGCCGCCGUAUGACGUGGUGCCCUCCAUGCGGCCGAUCAUUCUUGUGGGGCCAUCCUUGAAGGGGUACGAGGUGACAGACAUGAUGCAGAAAGCCCUCUUCGAUUUCCUGAAGCAUCGCUUCGAUGGCAGAAUCUCCAUCACACGGGUGACGGCCGAUAUCUCCCUGGCCAAGCGCUCCGUGUUGAACAACCCCAGCAAACACACCAUCAUCGAGCGCUCCAGCACCCGCUCCAGCCUGGCUGAGGUGCAGAGCGAGAUCGAGCGGAUUUUCGAGCUGGCCCGGACACUUCAGCUUGUGGCCCUGGACGCCGACACCAUCAACCACCCGGCCCAGCUGGCCAAGACUUCGCUGGCCCCCAUCAUCGUCUACAUCAAGAUCACCUCCCCCAAGGUGCUCCAGAGGCUUGUCAAGUCCCGGGGGAAGUCCCAGGCCAAGCACCUGAACGUGCAGAUGGUGGCAUCGGACAAGCUGGCCCAGUGCCCUCCGGAAAUGUUUGACAUCAUCCUGGACGAGAACCAACUGGAAGACGCCUGCGAGCACCUGGCUGAGUACCUGGAAGCCUAUUGGAAGGCCACGCACCCGCCCAGCAGCAACCCGCCCAAUCCCCUCCUGAACCGCACCAUGGCGACCGCCGCCCUGGCCGCCAGCCCCGCCCCCGUCUCCAACCUCCAGGGACCCUACCUAGUGCAUGGGGAGCAGACGCGUGAGGGGGAGCGCGCCAGCCUGCACGACUACUCGGGGGAGCUGGUCAACCGCGGCCAGGGGCGGCCAGGCCAGCAGCACGCUCGCCUGGCCAACCGCGGCCUGUCCCGCCAGGACACCUUCGACUCGGAGACCCAGGGCAGCCGUGACUCUGCCUACACCGAGCCGGGCGACUCCUGCAUGGACAUGGAGACGGACCCCUACGAGGAGCCCGAGCCCCGCGGCGGCACCCCCGGCGCCUACCCCCGGGGCCUGGGCCGCCACCAUCUCCACCAGCGCCAGGGGUCGUGGGACGAGGCCGAGCCCGACCACCAGAACCACAACCGGCAGCUGCGGGGCCGGAGCAAAGGGCGCGACCGCUACUGCCCCAAUGAGGAGGAGGCCAUGAGCCGGAACAAGAACGACCUGGAGGGUUGGGGGCGGGACGUUUACAUCCGCUAGGGGAUGGGGUACCUGGCUGCCAGGGGCCCCAGGGGGUGGGGCUUCGGUCAGCUAGGGGCCCCUGGGAUGGGGCAUUAUCUACUGGGGGGGGGAAUCUCUCUCCUCAAGGAGCCUCUGAGCAUAGCACUCCCCUGUGAGGCUGGUUUGGUUCGUGCCCCCUAGCAGGGUUGGCCUGAGAUUGUAUGAUGCUCUCCCCCCUCCAUGGGGAUCCCUUGCCAGCAGUGCCAGGGGGGCCCCUCUGCCAGUGGUGCUCCCCACUCAUCUCCCAUAAGAUAGUGAAGAUUCACUCCCACCUUAAACCCCUCAGGGGACCCAGGGGGAGGGGGAUAGC